AUGUUUUUCGUUUGUCAUUUACUGAUAAUAACUUUAAUAGCGAUAAGGUCAAAGGCAGAAAGUACUUCGGAUGAUGGUAAUACUGUACUUCGAGUUGAUGAACCGUUACCUUUGAACCGAACAGUUAAUGUCUGCGAUGCAACAAAUACAAAUAACUCGUUUAUAUACUGCAGCGGUAGAAUUCUUGAGGCAGUAAAUCUAAAUCGUAUUUUCAAAGAUUCGAAGACUUUUGUUGAUAUGGUACUAAAAUAUGACCCUGAAUAUACUUUGGAUCAAUUUAACAGAAGAUUUCGAGGUUUGCCAGCUGCAAAGAUUCCUCGUGAUCAAUUGAAGAAGUUUUUGGAUGAACAUUUCUUGCCACCCGCUAGUGAGCUCAAAAACUGUACUCCCGUGGAUUGGACACCGUACCCGAAAAAAAUUAUGCAAAUUUCUGACGAAAGUCUUCGUCAUUGGGCAUUAAGUAUUCAUAGUUUAUGGCAAACUCUUUGCAAGACAAUCGAUCCUGAAAUGAGAAAAUACGAGUCCCGUUCAUCUCUAAUCCAAGUGCCAUAUGAUUUUAUCAUGGCUGGAGGUCGUUUCAGAGAAUAUUAUUACUGGGAUAAUUACUGGACCUUAAAAGGGCUGAUUGCAUCUGAAAUGCUUAAAACAGCAAAGGAAUUAAUUCUCAAUUUAGCUCAUGUCGUUGAGAAGUACGGAUUUGUACCAAAUGGUGGUAGGGUAUAUUAUUCACACCGUUCUCAACCUCCAUUGCUUUGUGGAAUGGUUUAUGAGUAUUAUGAGAAUACUCAAGAUCGAGAAUUUGUUCGAAAACUUUUACCUAUCUUAACCAAAGAAUUUCAGUGGUGGCAAACGUACAGAACAGUCAAUGUAACAAUGAAGAAUGAAAAUGUCCAUACUGUGUAUCAGUACCGAACUGAUACGAAUGUACCGAGACCUGAAUCUUAUCGAGAAGAUAUAAUAUCUGCAGAAGGAGUUAGUAACAAAUUGGAGUUUUGGCAGAAUAUUGCAAGUACCGCUGAGUCUGGCUGGGAUUUCAGUAGUCGUUGGUUACGAGACAAAUAUUCGUUGAAAACAAUUGAAACAACACGCAUAUUACCAGUUGAUCUGAAUGCAUUCAUGUGCUGGAAUAUGAAUAUUCUUGAAUAUCUUUAUGAACUUGUUGGAAAUCAGACGGAAUCACACAAAUAUCGUGACAUGUGGACGCAAUUCCGAGAAAGCGUUGAUAGCAUUUUUUACAACAAGACAAUGGGUGCGUGGUAUGAUUUCAACUUACGGACAAUGCAGCAUAAUGUUAAGUUUUAUACAACUGUAGCCUCUCCAUUAUUCACUGGUUGCUAUCAUACCUUAGAUCAACAGAAAUCAGAACGAGUCUUCAAUCUAAUGAAUGUGAGUUAUUCAUUUUCUAAAUUAGUGAUAUAUAUAUAUAACUUGGAGGUAAAGACUUAAAA